GACGGCAGCUGAAUUACUAUUGCCCAGAAGAAAAGAUGUUUGGUUUUCACAAGCCAAAGAUGUACCGAAGUACAGAGGGCUGCUGUAUUUGCAGAGCGAAGUCCUCCAGUUCUCGAUUCACUGACAGUAAACGCUAUGAAAAGGACUUCCAGAGCUGUUUUGGGUUGCAUGAGACCCGUUCUGGAAUCAUCUGUAACGCCUGUGUCCUGCUUGUGAAAAGAUGGAAGAAAUUGCCAGCAGGAUCAAAAAAAAACUGGAAUCAUGUGGUAGAUGCAAGGGCAGGACCCAGUCUGAAGACUACAUUGAAACCAAAGAGAGUGAAAACUCUCUCUGGAAACAGGAUAAAAAGCAACCAGAUCAGUAAACUACAGAAGGAAUUUAAACGUCACAAUUCUGAUGCUCAGAGUACCACCUCAAGUGCCUCCCCAGCUCAAUCUCCUUGUUACAGUAACCAGUCCGAUGAUGGUUCAGAUACAGAGAUGGCCUCUGGCUCUAACAGAACGCCGGUUUUUUCCUUUUUAGAUCUCACAUACUGGAAAAGACAGAAAAUAUGUUGCGGGAUUAUCUAUAAAGGCUGUUUUGGGGAAGUCCUCAUUGACACGCAUCUCUUCAAGCCUUGCUGCCACAGUAAGAAAACAGCUGCUGAGAAGCCGGAGGAGCAGGGCCCAGAGCCUCUGCCCAUCUCCACUCAGGAGUGGUGACUGAGGUUUAGGGAGAAGGGGAAGAGAAACGAUUUAAAUUUUGCAAAGAAAACAAAGCAACAAAACCCUUUUAUUUUUAACUCUGAUACCUGCUAUUCUGCCAAAAGACAAUUUCUAGAAUAGUUUUGAAUGGGUGGUUAUUUCUCCUCCAGUUCCACAAACUCUGAAGCCAGUGUCUAGCUUACUAAAAGAAAAAAAGAAGUGUACAUAAUAUUUAAGAUGCUGAGUAUUUCAUAGGAAAGCUGAAUGCUGCUGUAAAGUGCUCUUUAAGUCUUUUUUUUUUUUUUUUAAUCCCCUUCUAAUGAAUGAAACUAGGGGAAUUUCAGGGGACAGAGAUGGGAUUUGUUGUAUGAUAAACGUAUGUAGUUUUAGUCUUUCUAUAUUGAGAAGCAGUGGUUGGGGCAUUUUUUAAAGAUGGCUGGCUAUACUUGUUUUCCUUCAUGAUAAUAAAUUUGUCAUAACUCAGUAACAUGGACUUGCCCCUAGAGGUAGUUGUUAAUAAUUUUGCAAUAAUAAGGUCUUGCCAAGGUUCUGAUGAUUCAAACCUGUACUACUGAAUAUGAAGCAGGACAGACUAAGCUGUCUGGUGCAAAUACCUUGAAGGAGUAAUUUCUAAAU